UGUCUCCUAGUGAUAGAGACUGAGAGUGUUUUCAGCUAUUGUGCACUAUUUGGGGCAGUCUAUCCACCGAGUGAGGCUUGUGCGUGGGGCGAUGGCGUCGAAUUUGAAGGAGGAGAACGACAACAACCCCUGCUCGCAGGUGGAACUCAGCAAGAUGCUGGCCACGACGAAGCGCAAUCCCAAGAUUGACUUCAACAAGUCGGACCUGCUGAAGCUGCUCAGCUACAUGGAGGGCGAAUUGCAGGCGCGGGACGUCGUGAUUGCCGCUCUCAAGUCUGAGCGCGUGAAGCAGCUCAUCCACAUCACGCACUACAAGCCGCCGAGUCUCAACGAUCCACACGCAGCGCUGUUCCGCGACAAUCUCGUGUCCGCCGGCAACAUCGCCAGCCGCCAGUCGUCAAUUGCGGCGGCGUCGUCGGAGCAGGAGGCGCGCUCGUACCCGAGCCAGCAGCUGGAGAUUUUGCAGAAGACCAUCUCCGGGCAGCGGCAGACGGUGAACACGGUCACGCAGUUGCUGAAGCAGUCCAAGGAGAAGUACUGCCAGGCGCUGCACGAUCUGGAGGAGGAGCGCCGGCGCAGCGCCAGCACGGACCCCGUGAGCGCCGCCGAGCGCGUGCAGCUGCGCCAGGUGGUGUUCGAGGAGCUGGAGAUCGAGAAGAACACACGGCGGAAGGCCGAGGACGAGCUGAAGAAGCUUCAGAAGACGCUGGACGCGGAGCGCGCGCGACAGAAGCAAAUGGUGCUGUUCCUGCUCAGCGAGCGCAAGCAGAUCAUCAUGAAGUACAAUGAGGAGCGCAAGCGCUCCGAGGAUCUGGCGCAGAUCUUGUCCGAGGAGAAGCAGCGUGUGGACACGAUCGCCGAAGGCUUGGAGGAGGAGAGCAAGAAGUCGCUGCGCAUGGAGGCGGAACUGGAGAAGCAGCUGCAGACGUUCGAGGCGGAGCGGAAGCUGCUCAAGGCGGCCAAGGAGAAGGAGGAGCGGCGCAUCAAGGAGCUGGAGCACGAGAUCCUGCAAAUGCGUGCCGAGUGCGAGAGCACGAAGAAGAGCGCGCUGGACGACGCCAGCGGCAUCAGCCCCAUGAUGUCCAGCGUGACGAAGGUCGUGCAGCCAACGGCCACCGUGUCCAGCGUGCCCGUGUCCGGACCGACGACUGGAGUGGCGCGAUCCAUCACAUCAGGCCAAACUCUUCGGCAGACGGCGACAAUGCCAGAGACUGCGAGUGGAUUUGCCACGACAAAGGUUGCGCCGCGGAAGAUGACUAGCACGUCGGCCACCGUGGCUUCCAGCGCGCCGCAGCAGAAUCUGGCGACCAUCACCAAGCCGGGCGCGUCUCUACCUCAGCAGCAGUCGCUGGCGAAGAAGUCCGCGGCCAUGCCGCCGCUGGGACGCGGCGUGCCGCCGCCGAUUCCACCCAACAAGCCCGUGAUUCCGCCAAAGAGGGACGCCUCGUCGUCGAGGAUCGCGUCGGCGGCUGGGCAGCCGGCCAAGGACAAGGAGGACGGCGUCGGCGAGAUCGCGGCGCCGGAGAACGACCUGCAGCAGAACUACCAGCAGAUCGCGGUUGGUGGCAACAGUGGCAAGUAAGCACGCUGAGAAGCUUUUUACUGAGCGGAAAUGCAGAGGGAUGAUUGAGCGCGGCUUCCAGAGGGGGAUUCUUAUUUGCCCAGAGCACACAGAAGGAUGAUCUCAGUGUUGAUCUCAAUGAUUCCGCCAAUAAUCUCAUUUCGCCCGAUCACAACGACAUCACGCGCGCCAUCGAAUGAAAGUCCGUGCAAAAGACAGCUAUAUUCAGUUUUCUCACUGUUUUUGUGCAAUUUUUAAACAAUUGACGGUCCUAUUCAACUUUACGGUCAUACUUUGUGAUCUGUUCAUGCUAGAAAUUGCUCAAACAUCACAUUUUUGUCCAAAAAUUCAACUAAAAAGGCUUAUCUUAUUUGACAAGACGUCAAAUUUCGCGAUUUCUUAGUGUUGGCUGAAGUUUCAGUUGAAUUUUGACUUGUUCAUUGAAGAUAAAAUGCAGAAAUAUUCAAAUAUUCAAUUUGAAGAUAAAAGGUUUUCCUACUCUUACAUUUUAUGAAUUAAUCCAUUUAUUUUAUUUUUUACAUUUUAAUUUCUCACAUUUUAUGGAUGAUAAGAGGAGAUGCGUAAAGUUGAAUAGUGUCAAUGUUUUUGUAAAGGAAUCUUUCUGUGUGUUUUGGCGCUUUUCUCGAAAAAAAAUAUGGUUUUCCACAUUUCUAUUCCAUUAAUGGACGUUUUCCGACGAUGGAUGGGGAAAAACUACCGAAGAAACACCACCAAUUUACCAAGUAGAAAUUUCGCAAUCUCCACAAAACAUUCAAGUUCCGAUAAGAGAUAGAAAAAAAAACUCAGCCAUUAGAAAGCUUUCAUUUAUAGGUAGUUUAUACACAUUGUAAUUGAAGGACAUGUAAGAGUUUUGACGGUGAUAUUUUACGAAUUGAUUUCUGCCAUGAAAAUGCAGUUUACUUAAUUUUUUUUGCGUAGAUUUAUUUGUAGACUAUUUUGUCAAGUCAUAAUUAUAAUUUUGUGUCACUUAAUAUUUGUAUUUAAUUUAUAUGGAAGAAGAAGAAGAAAAAAAAACAUGUCACUUAAAGUAGAUUUAAGUUACAUUUUAUGCUUAGGACUAUUUUUUUUAAUACUUAUUAAGAAAGAAAAUUCUGGCGAAAUCGCGCAGCUCUUUAUUUAUCAAAUUAGUAAACUUUAUUUUGUACAAAUCUCCAUGAAUCUUUCUGAGAAUGUUCAAUUGAUAAGGCGAGAAUGGUUGAUUGUCGACCAAUUUCUCACUUUUUCACCUCAAAUCCAACAUUAUUCUCUCGUCCAGGAUGCAGAAGAGGAAUUUUAUAAGGGUGUGUUAAAUUGAUAUAGAGAAGAAACUGACGCAAAAAAUACUGAAAACUUAUUUGUAGACUUUUAGUGACAAAGAGAUAGACUUU